AUGAGACGACCAACGCUCACUGUUGAUACUUCGACCCCGACCGCCGUUGCCCGCAAGAGCACCGCGUCGUCGGUGUCGUCUAUGUCCCAGGAUUCGGUAUCUAUCAACGACCAAGCCACUCCAACCACCAAAUCUCCAGCUAAACCGUCUGCAAAGGCCGUCAACAAUGGCCACAACCCAUCUGCAGACGCCUCGUCGCAGUACAAGGAGCCCAACCCAUCCCUCGUCCUCCUCUUCUCCCUUUUUCCAACACGUGACCUCUUUGUUUUCGUCCUCCCAGCCGUCGUAGCUGCUUUGAUAGCUGCCGUGAUCCCUCCCUUCAUGACCGUGGUCAUCGGCGACAUCUACCAUGUAUUCGCCGUCUUUCAGUCGACAGAAUAUCCAACAAGAAACGACAUGAACCUCUUGAUAAGGGGUGUCACAUGGGCCACUGUUGAACUCUGCAUCAUGGGAGGCGCAGCGCUCCUCCUCAGUGGUGUCAUGAGCUCUCUAUGGAUUUGGGUUGGCGAGAGAAAUGUCAUGUAUCUUCGACGAGCCGUCUACGACUCCGUCGCAUCGCGCGAGAUGGAAUGGUUCGACAAGAACUCUGGAGGAAACGCACCAGGCGAAGCUGCCGUUGGUGCUGGAGGUCUCAUGUCUCAAUUCGCUUCCACUACCGAAGACGUCCGUAUGGCGACAGCCUUGAACAUGGGCAUGUUCAUUCAACACUCGUGCACAAUUAUUGCGGCAACCAUCAUGGCCUUUGUGCGCGCACCCGUACUCGCCGCCGUCAUCCUCAGUACAAUCCCAGUCAUUUUCAUCACUCAAACCAUUGGCCAAAUCGCCUCUUUCUCCCUCUACACCACGGAACGCACCCGCGUAACCAAUGUUUCCACCAUCAUCGACCGUGCUGUCAAUGCGAUAUCCACCGUCAAGGCAUUCAAUGCUCAACCUCUCGAAUCGGCUCGCGCAAACUUUGGCCUCGACCUGUUUGUCAACUUUUCCAUGUUCGUACAAGGAUUUUGGUUUGGAGCAAGGGAAGUCAAGGCAGGCAGGCUCACCGCUGCCGACGUCCUCGCAGUCUUUUGGGCAUGUCUCAUCGCUGCGAGCACCUUGCAACAGUGGAUCGGAUGCACUGUUGUCUAUGCCCGUGGAAAAUCCUCCAUGGUCACGCUUGUCAAGCUCAUCCAUCCUCCCCCAAGCGAAUCCAAGUCCAACCGCCCAGACGCUCAUAUGUCGCUUCAGCCCAUUGUCAAAACCCCCAAGCGCGCAUUCUUUGGUGCACCAACAUUCCUCAAGUCGGUCCCAUUGAAGAAGAUUCGCCCACCCACCUUCCAGGGCGAGUUCAACCUCUCCAACAUUACUUUUUGCUAUCCGACUCGUCCCGAUGUCCCAGUACUCUCCAACGUGUCACUCUUUCUGCCUUCGGGUGAAAUGACGUUUAUCGUUGGCGAAUCCGGAUCCGGGAAAUCCACCAUUGCUCAACUUCUUUUGCGCCUGUACGAGCCUCAGCAAGGCUCCAUCGAGCUCGACAGCAACUCGUUUUCGUAUCUCGACGAACAGUGGACCCGAUCACACAUUGCGGCCGUCAGCCAAGGACACAUCCUCUUUGAUGGCACUGUCCAUGAGAAUGUUGCCCUUGGUAUCGCUGGCGGAAACUCUGGAAGGCACCCAAAGGAUGUCACCAGAGAGGAAGUGAUUGCUGCCUGCCGAGUCGCAUUGAUGCACGACUUUGUGCGCGAUCUCCCCGACGGAUAUGAUACCAAGCUCGGAAACGGCGGUGCUUCCCUCUCUGGUGGACAAAAGCAACGGCUUUCCAUUGCUCGUGCCUAUAUUCGCAACCCAGAAGUGCUCAUCCUUGAUGAGGCUACCUCGGCUCUCGACGGAACUUCGCGUCUUCUCGUAUUCGAGGCUAUCAAACACUGGCGCCGAAACAAGACGACAAUCGUCAUCACACAUGAUCUCUCUCAGAUUAGCCGCGAUGACUUUGUCUACUUGCUCAAGGAUGGCCACCUGGUCGAGCAAGGAUACCGACAAGAUCUCGAGGCAGACACAGAAGGAGAAUUUUACCAUAUGAUGGUGGCUCAAGGCACGACUGGCGGCUUCCUUCCAGUCAAGGACAAUGAGACCGAGGAGGAUAACCAAACCUUCCAGCGCAACUUGGUCGUCGAGGACUUUGAGCACGAGCGUGAGGAGAUGACGACCAUGGAGCGCUCGCAGCGCAACGCUUGGACUCAGAACCCUACGAUUCCUCAAGCCGAGCCAUGGAUGCACGAGGCAGUCAUGCGUCUGCAAGCCAACGGCCGCACGACACCGCUUCCAUUCCACCGCGCACCUUCUCGUCAAGAAGACACUCCUACCGGCCUUCAUCGUCCUCGUCGGAGGUCCCUCACCAUCGAAGUCGAUCGUUCUCAGCAGGACCGGUGGAGACGCUCCAGUCUCCCGACCAGCUCGACCUCGAGCAGGUUUGACAAUGAUGCCGAGGAUGUCAUCGAGGACGAUGCCGAGUUUGAGCAGGAGAAGAAUACCAUGCAGAUGACGGCUGUGGAUGCUCAGCGACGACGGGUCAAGUCUACUCGAAGGAAUUGGGAGACGCCGGCCCCAGCAAACCCAGCGCACCAGGGUCAAAAGCGCAUCAGACGUCUACGGAGUCGACCGUUGAAGCCUGCAAAGACGCUCUACGGAGGAGCACCUCCAGAGCAAGAGUUGACCGUGACCUCUCCUCCCCCCGAGGACCGACCUCACAUCUCAUUCUUCAAGAUUCUCGGCAUGUACUGGCCCACCUUGCCGUACAAGCCGAUCUACAUCUUUGGUCUCUUCCUCUCGAUCCUCUCUGGUAUUUGCGCCCCCGUCUUUGGCUUCUUCCUCUCGCGUCUGCUCGUCGCCAUCACAACUUCCCGCAAUGGCGUCCACGACACCUCGUUGGUCACUCAAUACGGUGUCUAUGUCCUUCUUUUGGCCAUCGCAAACGGUGUCUUUGCUGGUCUCAAGCACUUUGUCAUCGAAUGGACGACCAACGCAUGGCUGCGAAAUGUCCGAAAGCGCGCGUUCAAUAACGUGAUGAUGCAAGACAAGGCCUGGUUCGACAUGCCGACUAACAUUCCAUCCCAGCUGUUGCAGCUCAUCAUGCGUGAUCCAGAGGAUGCUCGAUCCUUUAUCUCACUCGUUGUCCCCCAGUGCAUCACAGUCGUCAGCAUGAUCAGCACCGGUCUCAUUUGGGCCUUGGUCGUUGGAUGGCAGCUCACCCUCGUCGGUCUCGCGCUCGCUCCCAUCUACAUUGGUCUGAGCGCGUUGCAAAACCGAUACUCUGGUCGAUUUACGAGGAAGAACAAGGAGAAGCGCGAGGAUGUGAACAAGAAGUAUUACGAUACUGUUGCCAACGUUCGCGCCAUUCGCUUCAUGGGCUUUGACUCCAUCUUCCGCGACCAGUUUAGCCGCAGUCUCGAGAGUGCUAUGCGUACCGGUACGAGUGGCGCCUUUGUCGAUGGUAUGGGCUAUGGUAUCAUCAAUUCGCUCAUCUACCUCGCCCAAGGCUUGAUCUACUUUGUUGGUGCACGCUUCAUGGUCAUGGGAAUCUAUAGCUUCCUCCAAAUGAUCGAAGUCCUCAACUUGGUGGCGUUUUCCCUCGCCAUUGCUGCACAGAUGCUCGAAUUCUCCUCGCGAUUGAGCAAGUCAUUGCAAGCCCUCCGCGACUUUGAGCGACUCCUCAACCUCAAACUUUCCGAUACCACUGAGUCUCAGGGCUCUAACCGCUGGCGCGUUCAGGGUCCCAUUCGUUUCCACGACGUCUCGUUUGCGUACCCCACCCGACCAAAUGUCGAAGUCCUCCGUCACCUCUCCCUCACCAUCAAUCCCAACGAAUGUGUUGCCAUCGUUGGUGCCUCUGGUAGUGGCAAGUCGACAGUCGCAUCUCUCCUCGAGCGUCUGUACGAGCCCACUGUUGGUUACAUCAGCAUCAAUGGACACCGCCUUCAGCAUGCCGACGUCGUCUGGCUCCGCGAACACGUCUCGAUGGUCUCUCAGCAGCCUUACCUCUUCGACGCUCCAGCUGCUCGCGAGGCCAACGUGCACGAUUUUAUCAUGUCGCUCCCCAAUGGCUACAACACGUUUGUUGGAGAAAAUGCCAGCCUCAUCUCUGGUGGCCAGGCUCAGCGUAUUUCCAUCGCUCGCGCGCUCGUGCGCGAUGCCAGCGUUCUCAUCCUCGACGAAUGCACGUCGGCGCUCGAUGCGGAGAACCAGCGCGAAGUGAUGAACACGAUCCGCAAGGCGAAGAAUGGUCGUACCACGAUCAUAAUAACGCACAAGCUUUCCAUGAUGCAGAUGGCGGAUCGUAUCAUUGUCCUCGACGAUGGACGCGUUGCUGAGCAAGGCACGUACGACCAGCUGAUGAAGAGUCACGGCACGUUCCACAAGCUCGCUACUGCUGGCGAGUGGGAGGGCGCAAAUUAA